AUGAAUGGCUCGGGUAUUCUUGAGCAUAUUGGUACCGUAUCUCACGUUCGAGACAUGCUUGAGAUAGUCCACCAGACUGGAUACGACAAGCUGAAGUACUGGGGCUUUAGCUACGGCACGAUAAUUGGAGGAGUCUUCGCAUCCAUGUACCCCGACAAAGUCGAGCGUAUGGUCAACGAUGGCAACGUGGAUCUCAGGGAGUGGUUCAAUUCCCAGCACAUAAACUUCUUGAGGGACACGGAUAAGGUCUUGUAUGCCUUCUACGAGUUCUGCUACCAGGCCGGCCCUGACAGAUGUGCCUUCUACGCAACAUCCUCGCAAGCGAUUGAGGAGAGGUUCAACAAGCUCCUCUCGGACAUCAAGGCGCUUCCCAUCGUCAUCAAUGCAGAUGAGAAGACUGGACCAGACGUGCCGUCUGUGGUAACGUACUCGAAGGUCAAGAUCCUCCUUUCCUCCGUUCUCUAUGAGCCACAGUACCAGUUUGAGAAUUUUGCCAAGAUUCUCGCUGCUCUGGAGAGGAGAGAUGGAAGGCCUUACUACGAGCACUACAACCCCAACAAGCCCUCAACUGCCCCGCUUUGCGCCCCGAGGCCGGUGUCUCCAUUUGAGCCCUUCCCUGAGAUACUGGACGGCACACCCGACGCUUUUCCAGUCAUCAUGUGUGCUGAUCAUCCACCAGUGCAUGACCUGACAUUGGAGGAGGUCAAGAGACAGUCAGAAGAGUUGAUUGGGCUCAGCCCAGCUACUGGUUCAAUCAACGUCCCAUUCCCUAUUACCUGCAACCAGAGAAACAUCCGUCCGCGAUGGAGAUUUGAUGGACCUUUCGAGGGCAAGACAAAGCAUCCUAUUUUGUUUAUCGCCAACAAAUUCGACAACAUCACGCCUCUAGUUAGCGCCCGCAACAACAGCGCCGGCUUUCCUGGCUCUACAGUCUUGGUCCAGAACUCAUAUGGCCACACAACUCUUGCCGCACCAUCCAAGUGCACCAAAGGCUACAUCAAGGCCUACUUCCAGAAUGGAACUCUGCCCGAAGCCGGCGCAGAGUGUGAGGGAGACUCUUAUCCAUUCGCGGAACCAGUAGGGACCGAGAUGCGCGUGUUCAAAUCGUCUAUGCACUUCUAA